AUUUUAAUUUGGAUAAUGGACGAACUAGAAACGAAGAAAAGACGUGUUGAUACUGAGGAAUUAAAUAUAAAAAAGAAGUGUAAAACUGAAAGUGUGGAUUCGGAUAAGCAGAUAAACUCGGAUAAGGGAGACAACUCGAAAACAGACGCUGAUUGUGCUAUAAGUAAAAAUGGCGCGAAAUCGCUAUCAUGGAAAGAAUUGCGCGCUGAAAAUUUGGUCUGUGACUACUGUAUGUUAUUCAAUAAAACACAAGCAGACGACAUUUUUGAAGAAUGUGAAAAAUUACUCACUUACAACGAUGGAAAACUUGCACAAAUUAAAUUAUAUGGGAAAUGGAUCAACAUUCCUCGGAAACAGGUAGCCCAUGGUGACGCGGGGUUAUCCUACAACUUUUCUGGAACCUCUGUGCCAGCAAGGCCUUGGACACCUUUCUUGGAAAACAUAAGAGACAUAAUUUCUGAUGCCACCGGUUUUGACUUCAACUUUGUUCUUAUCAAUAGGUAUAAAGAUGGACACGACUACAUAGGUGAACACCGAGAUGACGAGAAAGACUUAGUGAAUGGCCAUCCAAUAGCCUCACUUUCGCUUGGGCAGCCCAGAGACUUUAUCUUCAAGCAUGCAAGUGCACGGGGAAAGAAUGCAACGUGCAAAAUAGAUCCCGUGAAGAUUGAGCUAGAACACGGCAGUUUAUUGGUGAUGAAACAUCCAACAAACACUUACUGGUAUCAUUCCCUGCCACAGAGAAAGAAAUUGACCCAAGUUCGUAUUAAUAUGACCUUCAGGAAAAUGGUUGUGAAAUAGUAAAAGGUGUUAAAAAAAUUGAGCGAACUUCACAUAGCUUGGUGUACAUGCUUUCUUUGUACAUCAUCCGAGUAACUCAUGUGUACAUUUUUUUGUAUUAUUGAACAAGUUAUUCUUGCUUAUUAUUCUAAUCUAUGAUUGUGAAGAUACCCAACCCAGUGUUAGAUUUUAUAAAUUUGUGUAACUAUCCCCAAAUCGGGAAACAUUCUGUCGAGCGCCUUCCCAAUUUGUAAAUAGAUUUUUACAUUAUAGCAGGGAAAGAAAAAAAGAAAAAGUUCUUCCUUUUUGCUUUGUUGAAAAGUUCUUUUUUUAAAUAAAAUAUUGAAAUACA